GCAAGUGCCAGGCUUCAUAUAUGUUAUCUGUUUCAUAAAAUUGUUUGUCAUGAGCGUAAUGUUGAGUUUUUCUGGCAGUUUGCUGUGGUGUCGACUGAUUGCUACUCACUGGCUAUGCUAAUACGCUAGGGCUCAGUUAACACCGAGGCGUUGCGUAUUUAAAUGACGUUUUACCGGCUUGAAACAUCUACAGAGGUAACUAUUGUGUUUCGUCUGUAGCAGAAUUUCAUCACCAAGUGCAAACAUGUUAUUUAGUCCGAGUCAAAAGUGCUGAGGGCAUUCUUUGUCUUUCCUUUGCUGCUCUGCGUUUACAUGGAGGAAAACUCCGUUUAGCCUCCAAUGACCCGCCUUUGCGGAGCACUGAUUGAACGCUUGGAGUGUCACUCAUGGAAACCGGGAUGCUGAUUGGCUGUUGGCUGUAACGACAACGCCAGUCUUUCUGCUGUAUUAGCUGCAGUCUUCUUGGGUUUUCGGCAGAUUUUACUAUAACCACAAUAAGUUUUCCCUUUCGUGAGAUACGUCGUUAUUAUAUUUGUUAAUAAUUCCAUCCUCGAUCCACUUAUCAGAUUAGGAUAGCUUUACUGCCCUUACCUUCAGGGUAAGUGUUAGCACGGACGUCCUAGCACAUAGUCCUCAACUUUUAAUGGCGUAUUGAUGGUGUGGACUUCAUUGACUGCCUUUAGUAGAGCCUUGAAAGAGUGUUUCAGCUAAACAAUUGCGUUGCUUUACACCUAAUUUAAUUGAUUGCAUCACUUCUUCAGCAGGUUAUCAAGUCCUACAGAAUCCUGUAAAUCACCCAUUUAUUCAAAUCAGGUGUGUGAACGCAGGGAAACACUUAAGGCUUGCAGCACAGUAGGAUCUGAGAAAGGUUGAGAAACAUUGCUUUACACCAAUGUAAAUGAAUAAUUACUUCAACAUGAUGUUUGGUUAUUUGACCACAGUAGAUUGAAACCGCUUUUGGAUUUGUAUCCCUGUACAUCACUGGAAUAUCACACCAUUUGAAAAUGAGGGAAGUCUGAUAUCACUGACUGGAGCAAUUUCUGUUUUUGGAGAAGAGUGUAUCUCAAUAUGGCAUGUGUAAUUGAAGGGUUUGUGUUGAAAAUGCAACACGGCUUUUCAACUGUGCUACGUUUCUCCCCAUUUCUCUCUCAACAGUCUCCGUUGAGAUUCUCCCAGACUGUCAUAUGUUGGUUGCCAUCAUUAUUUAGGAAUGUUUCUCAAACUAUGAUGCCAGGCCUCUUUAUUUUACAUUGAGGUUUUCAACUUUAAUAUCUCAAUAUAUUUGGAUGUUGCCUUAUGCCAAAAAAAAAGAAUUGCCACUGAAAUGGGCAACACCGUGAAACACAGAAGUGGAGGAAUGUAGUGCAGUCACCUUGGGCUGGAAUACCUGCUCACAGCAUUUUUGGUGGUGAUGGACCCUCCUGGUGGGGGAAGUGAACGGCGGAGGCAGGCUGAGCGUCUUCGACGGGAGGAGGCAUACUACAACUUUAUUAAUGAACUGAGUGAAGAAGAGUACCGCCUGAUGAGAGAUGGCAAUCUGCUGGGCACUCCUGGGGAGGUGACUGCAGAGGAACUCCGUCAGCGCCUGGACGGAGCCAAAGAGCGGGUGUCGUCUCAGCCCCAUGCUGAGCAGCGAUCGCAGACUGGUGAUUCUGGAGAACAGCAGAGCAGUAGCAGCGCAGGAGAGGAGAGAGGGGCUGGAGGAAGAGGAGGGGCCGGGGCUACAGAAGCUGGAGCCGAUUCUUCUAAUGGUGAUUCGUUACUGGAGUGGUUGAACACGUUCAGGCGCACCGGUAACGCGACUCGAAGCGGCCAGAGUGGUAACCAGACGUGGAGGGCUGUCAGCCGGACCAAUCCCAACAGCGGGGAGUUUCGUUUCAGUCUCGAGAUCAACAUCAACCACGAUCAGCCCGAGCCGGGAGAGCAUAUUGACACUGUGAACUCUGUGGAUGCCCCAGAACUCCCGGUGACUCCUCUCAACACCUCCGCCCGCACCGCUUCCCCCCUCUCCAGCUCUCGGCCUUCAGCCACUCCGAGGCCUGCGCCUUACCCCUCCCCACGCCCGGCCAUAAGAAGGAUCGAGACCCGGCGUACACGCAGCAGUACCACCGCUCUAUCCAUGAGCUCCGCCACGCUUCCUCCUGCAGAGAUAGUCCCAGCCACCAACCAGAGGCGGGCUUCUACUUUGCAUUCAUCAGCACCUUCUUCUAAUGUCCCCAGUCCUCCCGAUGAUCAAAGUGCACCAUCGCAGCAUCAUGUCCUGAAUGUAGAGGCAGAGCACGGGCGUAAUGAAAUGCCUCCUACUCUAGACUGUCCUCGGGUGUCACCACAGGGCGACUCUCAACCCCAAGCUGCGGGACACGAAUCACGCAGCAGCAGGACUCGAUCCCGUGGCCGAGCGCGCAGGGCUGCAGCAGCAGGGGGCGGAGUUUCUUCUCGCGCAUCGAGGAGAAGUCGAUCCCCUUUGAACAGAACGCCUAGUGUAAGCACCCUCCCACCAGCUGGAAGCAGUCCAAACGGGUCUACGAUCCAAACUGGUGAGCCGAGCGGUGUCACGACCUCUGUAUCCAUGGAGACCGGGGGAAUUGUGUCCGAACCCGACGCUGUGCUGGAGUCCGCCGUGGAAACAGUAGAGCGCGCAAGCGAGUUGCCCGCAGCAGGCGCAGGAAGCUCGGCGGUCAGACGCCAUCCAACAAUCAUGCUGGACUUGCAGGUGAGAAGGAUCCGGCCUGGCGAGAACAGGGACCGGGACAGCAUCGCCAGCAGAACUCGAUCCCGCGCGCGGGUCGCUGAGAACACGGUCACGUUCGAAAGUGACAGCGGUGGGUUCCGACGCACCAUCUCCCGCUCGGAGCGAGCCGGGAUCCGCACCUACGUCAGCACCAUCCGGAUUCCGUUGAGGCGCAUCAGCGAGACGGGCCUCGGAGAACCCAACUCUACCGCCCUGCGGUCCAUCUUGCGUCAGAUUAUGACUGGAUUUGGGGAGCUUAGCUCGCUCAUGGAGACGGAGGCGAGUUCGGAAAGCGUUGCGCCCAGCCACGCUGACGUUGGCGCUACUAAUAGCAGUAGCGGUCGUUUACAUUUAAAUGAGAAUGAGCCUGGCCAGGUUGGGACCAAUGAGGUCGUUCAAGGGUUGGAGGGCCAGGUGAGGAGCGAGGAUGAGCAGAUUGGGCAGGCCAGAUUUGGAGGUGGAGUAGUUAGCUCCAUAGAUGGACGGGCAAACAGCCGAGACACCAACAACUUGGUUGAAAACGGCACCCUACCCAUCCUAAGGUUGGCACACUUCUUUUUACUCAACGACGACGAAGACGACGAACAUCCCCGAGGUCUGACCAAAGAGCAGAUCGACAAUCUAUCCACGCGUACGUACGGUCAGGCCAGCCUUGAAGGUGAGAUGGGUCGCGCCUGCAGCGUGUGCAUCAAUGAAUACACUCAAGGCAACAAGCUAAGGCGCUUGCCCUGCUCCCAUGAGUUCCACGUCCACUGCAUUGACCGCUGGCUCUCCGAAAACAACACCUGCCCCAUCUGCAGGCAGCCAAUCCUCGCAGGGCAUCACGACUGACCCCACCCUCUCCUGCUCACGGCUGGCUGAGACUGAGCAAACCCAAGUGGGCUUAGCGUGUACAUAUCGCUUUCACUGCUUAGUUUCUUUGAAAACAUCCGUUGAGUUUAAAAAGGUGGAACCAAAAGUGUGCAAAACAGGAAAGAAACUUUAAAUCCAGAGAAUUAAAAAAAAAACAACUUUAUUUUUUUAGAUGCUAUGUUUUGAGCAAGUCAUUUAGCUCCUCCUGUGACCUUAGUUGCUACUUGUUUCAUCGGGCUUCAGAAGCCUGUCAGUAAAUGGCUUUUAUGCUUUAGGAGCUCCUGUAGCGACCGUUGCAUAGUCUAAUUCUAACACUUUUAUGUCUGACAUGCGUGACCUUCUUUUUUUUUUUUUUUUUUUUAGAACUGACUGACCGUACAGCACACUUGUAGGUUUGGUUUAAUCAGUAUGCGCUGUAAAUAGGGCUGCACUGCUUAUCAGGUUCUUGAAGAUACAAGGCUAACAUCCCAACUGCUCAGAAUGAAAGAAGGAAAUUUUUUUGUUUUAUUGUUUUUUUUCUAUUUUAAAGCCUAAAGAGUCCAUUUUAAAGUUUCUUAAAAAUGUGUAAAAUUUGAGAGGGUUAAACAAGUUUUGUGUUCACUUUGGAAAUACAUUCAUUCUGUGCUUGUAUUAAUUUAAGCCCUAUAGUUAAAAUGCAAUUCAGAGAUCCAGCAGUCAUCCAUUAAAAGCAGUCACUUUGAAUGAAAACCAUUUAAAGAUUUGUCGCCACAGUUCCAGUAAAACAGGCUCUUUUGAUAAUCAGGGAUUCAGACUGGUCCGCAUAAGUUGUGCAAUAUUGAAAGAGGAAAAUAUUGACUUGUUGGACAUUAACUUUGUUGUAUCUGGUUGUCUUUUCCGCUCUAAGACAAAACUCUUAAAUCAAUAUCUUCAUUGUUUCUGUUGCCAGUCCACAGACAACAGACUGGGAAAAUGUGGAAAUAAGAUUAUUCUGCAGUGUGUACGGUUUGUCCAGCUAACUCAAAAUUCCUCAUUUAGCAUCUGACUUGGUGUGUAACCUGAUGUAUUUUUUUUAAUCUAUUUUUUUUCCCAUUACAUGCACAGAAUAGCCUUUUGUGUAAAAGAAAUGGAUUAAGAGCUAACCCAAACAGUACAUUUGUUUCUGUCACUUUAUACAUAACAGCUGCAGUACACACCCGUUAACUGCAUCUCUGCAGUUUUUGUGUCCCUAAUUAAACUGCAGGAUUGUUGCAGUACCAUGUGUAGGAAUGUGUGGAAGAGUGUAUGGUUUGUUUGCCUGUGUGUGUGUAUAAAAAAGGCCUGGUGUCUGUUGAAGCUGGUUCUAUAAGAACUCUUCUAUUCAAUGUGUGGCCACAUAGUAGGGUUGGUGUGGACAAAGGGUUCAGAAGUGAAUAUUUAUUCUGUUCCUAUUUAAUAUGAUGGAAAUCAGCCUUUGGAAUAUAAACUGAUAUAUUUUGCUUUGUCAUGAGAGUAAAUAAAAUGGAUAUGAUGAAUAUAGUAUGAAAAAGAAAUCAGACA